AUGGUUGCCCACGCUCCUGACGGGGUGCCUAUUAUUGAUAUUCGGGAUGACCAUUCGGACCAUUCGCUCCUCGAGACGCUGCGUCGCUCUCUCAAUCCUCCCCAGGGCCAGCCGCGCACGUUUCCGACCUUGUUGCUCUAUGAUGAGAAGGGUUUGAAACUGUUUGAGGAGAUCACUUACGUGGACGACUAUUACCUCACCAAUGCCGAGAUUCAAUCACUCGAAACGCAUGCCAACGACAUUGUCGCGCGAUUUCCUGACGGCGCCCGUCUUGUGGAACUUGGAAGCGGGAAUCUUCGGAAAGUGAGCAUUCUACUACGAGCUUUUGAGGUUGCCAAAAAGCAUCUCGACUAUUAUGCAUUGGAUGUCUCGCUGUCCGAAUUGAAGCGCACGUUCUCCCAAAUCGACACCAGUGACUGGCAAUAUGUCACUCUUCACGCUUUGUACGGCACCUACGAUGAUGCUUUAUCAUGGCUGGCCCAAUCAGGCACCGAUGGCAAGCCAACCUGUGUCAUGACCUUGGGCUCUUCCAUUGGGAAUUUUUCCAGAGAGGACGCUGCCAAAUUUCUGGCCUCCUUCAAGAAUGUUUUAUCCCCCUCCGAUCUCAUCCUUGUUGGUGUAGAUGCUUGUCAAGAACCCGACCGGGUUUUCAGGGCCUACAACGACCGUGACCAUGUCACCGAGAAGUUCUACCGAAAUGGGCUUACCCAUGCCAACGUCGUCCUUGGCUAUGAGGCUUUCAAGCAGGACGAAUGGCACAUCGAGACUAAGUAUGACGAGAAGGCGAACAAGCACGAGGCAUUCUAUGUCCCUUUGAAGGACAUCCAGACCCCAGACUUUUCCUUCCACAAGGGUGAAAAGAUCCAUUUGGAAGACGCCUACAAGUAUUCCGAGGCUGAAAGUGACCAGCUUUGGCACGCCGCUGGCCUGAUCCCGCAGAUGGCAUACGGAAACAAGAGCAAUGAUUAUUUCCUCCAUCUCUUGUCUCCCGCUACAAUCAACUUCCCAACAAAGCCACUGGAAUAUGCGGCUAGUCCUGUCCCUUCGCUAAACGACUGGCAACAGCUCUGGGUGGCCUGGGAUGUCGUGACGAAGUCGAUGGUUCCUAGAGAUGAAUUGUUGAAUAAGCCGAUCAAGUUGCGAAACGACCUCAUUUUCUACCUGGGUCAUAUUCCCACCUUUGCAGACAUCCAUUAUAUCAAGGCCACCGCAGACAAGCCAACAGACCCUGCCGCGUAUGCGUCCAUUUUUGAACGAGGAAUUGACCCAGAUGUGGACAAUCCAGAGGUGUGCCAUGAUCAUAGCGAGAUCCCAGACACCUGGCCCCCAUUGAAAGACGUCCUGGACUAUCAACAUCGGGUUCGAGAACGAAUUGUCGAUAGUCUUAACUCGGGCAGAGCCUACACCGACCACAAGCUCGGACGCGGUCUCUGGCUCGCCUAUGAGCACGAAGCCAUGCAUCUGGAGACCUUCUUGUAUAUGUUGCUUCAGAGUGAGCGAGUUUUGCCACCGCCCGGACAACAAGUGCCCGACUUUAAAGCUCUGGGGUCACAAGCUCGUUCCAAUCGUGUGCAGAAUCAGUGGCACAGAAUUCCCACAAGCAAAGUCACCAUUGGGUUGGAUGAUCCCGAGGAUGAUCUCGGUACGGAUCGCUAUUUUGGCUGGGACAACGAAAGACCAUCGCGCAUUGUGGCCGUGAAAGAAUUCGAGGCUCAGAGUCGACCCAUCAGCAAUGGCGAAUAUGCGCAUUUCCUGGAAGUCACCCAUAAGGGCACUCUUCCAGCAUCAUGGAUCGCCUCCAAGAUGGACGGUCAUGCCAACGGCACCAACGGCACCAAUGGAGUCAAUGGCGCCAACGGGACUAACGGCCAUGGUCGAGACGUCCUCGAUAUGGCCAGCUCUUCGUUCGUUGAGGACAAAUCUGUUCGCACAGUCUAUGGACCAGUCCCUCUCAAAUACGUCCUCGAUUGGCCUGUUAUGGCAUCAUACGACGAACUGGCCGCCUAUGCACAUUGGUCGAAUGGACGUAUUCCGACUCUCGAAGAGGCGAGAAGCCUGUACCAGUAUGUCGAAGAGCAGAAGAGGACGGUUGAAAAAGUCCCCAGUGUGUUGAUCUCGGCAGUGAACGGGCAUCUCUCCAACGAAGGUGUAGAAGAAACGCCGCCAUCCUACUCUUCCAGGACCAACGGCGCUGUCGCCAAUGGCGAUAGUGCAAAGGGUCCAUCCACGACUCUUAACCCCAACGACCUUUUCAUUGAUCUGUCUGACCGCGACGUCGCGUUCCGUCACUGGCAUCCGACACCCGUCACGGGUGAGGGUGGACGUCUUUGUGGCCAGAGUGACCUGGGUGGGCUCUGGGAAUGGACCAGCACACCUUUGGCGCCAUACGAAGGCUUCAAGGCUAUGGACCUGUAUCCCGGUUACACAGCGGAUUUCUUCGAUGGCAAACACAACAUCUGUCUCGGUGGUAGUUGGGCCACAGUUCCCCGCAUCGCUGGCCGCAAGUCCUUCGUCAACUGGUAUCAACGAAACUACGUGUAUGUGUGGUGUACUGCCAGACUGGUUCGGGAUGUUGCCGUCUAG